AGGUGUGAGAAAGCUGCCGGCAAUUCACCCGUGUAGCUCACCUUCGUUAUGGUAUGGUUUGUGAGAUUCUGUGAUUGAAGACGCGUUAUUCUUCAGCUGCAAGCAUGUUCAUCUAUCUAAGUAAAAAGAUUGCCAUACCAAACAAUACAAAGUUGAAAUCAUGUUCCUGGAGUCGAAGUCAAGGCUACAUCGCCUGUGGGGGAGACGAUGGCUUGCUGAAAGUUUUGAAAUUAGAUUCUGGAAAGGAAACGAAAACUCGGGGACUUGCCGCACCAUCGAAUUUAUCUAUGAAUCAAACAUUGGACGGACAUAAUGGUCAGAUACAAGUGGUCACAUGGAAUGAAACUCACCUUAAGCUCACAUCAAGUGAUUCCUCUGGAUUAAUUAUUGUAUGGAUGCUAUAUAAAGGCUCAUGGUUCGAGGAAAUGAUCAACAAUCGCGGCAAGUCUGUUGUAAAAGGAAUGGCCUGGAAUUCAGAUGGUACUCGUAUCAGCAUAGUUUAUGAAGAUGGUGCUGUAAUCGUUGGUUCAGUUGAUGGCAACCGAAUCUGGGGGAAAGAGAUCAAAGGAUCGCAUCUGACAGGUGUUGAAUGGUCUCCCGACUCGCGGCUUCUCUUAUUCUCUAUUCGUGGAGGAGAUAUCCAUGUUUAUGAUAAUUCUGGUGGCUAUGUGACAAAAGUUAACAUCCAAUGCUUGCCGAGUGGAACCAAUGGAGAAGCGCAAGUCACAGUGCUGCAUUGGUACAAUGGUAGUCACGGAUAUGUGGAAGCGGAUUGUCCCACUCUAGUCAUUUGUUAUGACAUUGGAAGAAUGCAGCUUAUGAGAAAUGAGAACGAUGACAUGCCUGUUCUCGUGGAUACUGGGAUGACCAUUGUUGAUGGUCAGUGGAAUCAUAAUGGUAGCAUAGUAGCUGUUGCUGGUUCACUCAUGCUGAGUGGCAAUGAAGGUGACAAGGAAUGCAAUGUGGUACAAUUCUAUACACCCUUUGGAGAGGUUGAUAAUCCAGGAGCUAUUUUCAAUGCUUUGCAGCACUUGAGGACCCUGAAGGUUCCGGGGAAAAAUUUGACCAGUUGCAGUUGGGAAGGAGGUUCUCUUCGAAUUGCAUUAGCAAUCGAUUCUUACAUAUUUUUUGCCAAUAUUCGUCCGGACUACCGAUGGGCCUAUUUUUCUGAUACUUGUGUUUACACCUACACGAAAGCCGAGCAGACUGAGUUAUCCAUGGUUUUUUGGAACAUGAAGACGAACGACGUUCACACCAGGCAAAUCCGAUCAUUAAUUGCGAUCGCAGCUGCUGGAGAGCAUUGUGUCAUCGCCACAAGGCUUGAAGAUUCUUCGGGGCAGAAUGCAUUGCUGCUUUAUAACUCAAUUGGUACUCCCGUUGACAGCAAAUAUAUCGACAUUGAACCGAUUGCAGUCACAAUGACAAUGAAUCUUGUCAUCGCUGCUUCACGGGAACAAUUUUUUGUGUGGCAAUAUCGGACCCCCAAGGCGAAGUCAUCAAUUGAAGUUGGGCUGGGUCGUGGGGAAUCAAGACGUGAAAGAACUUUCCAUAUCGAUGAUAACCCUUCAGGGUUUUCCGAUCCUAUCGCCGAAGCCCAAAGGAUUUCGGGCGGAACUUUACCGACGAACGAUCCGAUUUGCUGUAUGACUUGCUCGGAAUCUUUACUUGUAAUUGGUCGGGAAUCUGGACAGAUACAGCGAUACAGCUUACCUCAAGUGGGACUGACGAAUACGUAUAAGCUGAUCUCUCGACCAUACAAACUAGCACUGAAUUCGAACUCCAAGCGUUUGGCUAUCAUUGAUGUCACAGGUUUGCUAACACUGCUUGAUUUGGAAACCAGAGGAACAGACGUACAAGGGCGAGAAGUUCAGGGAGAUUUCCUGAAGUUUGAAAGGAAAGACGUGUGGGACUUGUGUUGGGCUUCUGAUAACCCAGAGCUAUUCGCAAUGAUGGAAAAGACAAGAAUGUACAUAAUCAGGAACCUCGACCCUGAAGAACCUAUUGCUUCAGCUGGUUACAUCUGCAAAUUUUCGGAUCUUGAAAUUACGGCUGUUCUGCUGGAUGAGUUGAUGAAGGAUCCGGAACAUCCUUCGGUGGAAGACUGGGUUUUAACUUUGGAGUCAAAAUCUUUGAGGGACACCCGAGAAUUGUUGGAAAAAGUUGGAAUCAAAGAGGCCAAUGCUUUCGUCGAAGAAAAUCCGCAUCCUCGUUUAUGGCGACUGCUGGCGGAAUCUGCUUUAAAUAGACUGGAUUUGUCAACUGCGGAAGCUGCAUUUGUUCGAUGCAAGGAUUAUCCUGGGAUUCAAUUCACGAAGCAGUUGGAGAAUAUUCAGAGUGAAGCUUUGAAGCGUGCUGAGAUUGCAGCGUACUUCAAGCGAGAUCUGGCGAUUGCCUUGAGGCGGAAAUUAGGCGACUACGCAAGAGUUGUAGUUCUGUUGCGCACGGCGUCUGCUGGCAGCGAUGUUCAAAUGGAAGAAGCUUGGAAUGCACUUGGUGAUCAUUUCGUUGACCGACAUAUGUGGACGGAAGCCGUGGAUUAUUUCCGCAAAGCGAGGAAUCACGAGAAGUUGGUUAAAUGCUACUACAUGCUCGAAGAUUACCAAGGCAUUGAGAAUAUCCUAAUGAAAAGCCUUCCAGAUGGUCAUGACAUGAUUCCCGAGAUCGGGGACAUGUUUCAAGCUGUUGGGAUGUGCGAGCAAGCUGUGAAAGCAUACACAAAGGCUGGAAAGAUCAAGGAAGCGAUUGACUGUUGCGUGAGUCUCAACCAAUGGCAGCUGGCCGUAAAAUUGGCAAAGGCCCACAAGGUUCGAGAAACGGGCUCCUUGUUGUCUCAUUAUGCUCAGAAUCUGCUCGACAAAGACCAGAGAAUGAAAGCGGUGCAACUUUAUCGGCAGGCCGGGCAUCCUCUGCAGGCUGCUCUUUUACUAGCGAAAGUAGCUCACGAAGAAGCUGAGAAGAAAUCGGCGACUCCCCGAACCCUAAAGAAGUUGUAUGUUCUCGCUGCCUUGCUUGUGGAUGAGCAUCGUUCAAACCUUCGUGCUUCAUCCGGCGAAAACACCGCCUCGAAGAGUUCCAUGUUGCUUGGCUUAGGGAACGAAUCAAAUGAUUCUGACGGCUUGGAUUUGGGAAUGGCUCUGGGAACCGACGGACAAGUUGCUGCCCCGUAUCAGGUUUCGUUGCUGGAAAAUCCUUGGCGUGGAGCUGAAGCGUACCACUUUUUUCUGAUGGCGCAGAGGCAAUUGUAUGAAGGUUAUGUGGAUGCUGCUAUGAAAACAGCUUUGGUCGUUCGUGGUUAUGAAGAUUUUUUGCCGAGUGAAGAUGUGUACUGCUUACUCGCGCUUUCGUCAUGUGCGAACCGAGCUUUUCAGACUUGUUCAAGAGCAUUCAUAAAGCUAGAAUCACUGAAGGAGGUUGACCCGACUGAAAGAACUGCUUACGAAGAUCUGGCCAUGGAUAUAUUCGUGAAAUACAAUCCGAAAGAUUCGAGAAGCGCACGAGCUGAAUGUCCUCAUUGCGAUACGCGGAUGCCGGACACGACAACGGCGUGUCCGAAUUGCGGCGCAAGGUUUCAAAUAUGCAUUGCAACUGGUAGACCGCUUUAUGCAGCUGAUUCGUCAUCGACGUGGGUUUGUAAACGUUGUAGGCAUCGAGCAUCUUUGGCGGACAUGGCUGUUAGACAGACCUGUCCAUUGUGCCAUGCUCUGAAUAAUUCUGGGUAA